GAACUCUGUUAGAGCAAAAAAUAGCUUAAAAUGUGAAGGCAGAAGUCAACUAAAAGCCAAGAAGUCAGAAAACAAUGGAGAAGGAGCAGGAGGAGAACGGCAAUAGAUGUCAAAAAACAAUGGUGAAGGAGCAAGAGGAGAACGGCAAUAGCAGCAGCUGCUGCAGCGUGUUGAUAGAGCUGCCAGUGGGCGAAGCAGCAGCAGCAGAAGGAGCAGGGCCAUUCAAUCUGGAAAAGGCAGUUUGCAGCCAUGGGUUGUUCAUGAUGGCUCCGAACCAAUGGGACCCAAUCUCCCGAUCCCUCUCUCGCCCCUUACGUCUCCUUGAUCAUCACUCUCCGCCUCUUACAGUCCAGGUACGCAUCUCCCAGCCCACUGCUUCCACUCUCCACCUCCGCGUUUAUGGCACACGCUGUCUCUCUCCGCAGCACCGCCACUCGCUUUUGAAUCAGGUGUCAAGAAUGCUGCGGUUGUCGGAGGAAGAGGAGAGCAAGGUCAGGGAGUUUCGGAAGAUUGUCGAAGCAUUACAUGGAGAAGAAGAAGCAGCAGCCGAGUGCUUGAGGAGUUUCAGCGGGAGAGUGUUCAGGUCCCCUACUUUGUUUGAAGAUAUGGUCAAGUGUAUUCUUCUCUGCAACUGCCAGUUUUCAAGGACUUUGAGCAUGGCUAAGGCACUUUGUGAGCUUCAGUUUGAAACUCAACGCCCAUUUUCUGGUGUAAGGGCUGCUGAAGAUGAUUUCAUUCCUAAGACGCCUGCCGGGAAUGAGUUGAAGAGAAAGUUGAGAGUGUCCAAAGUUUCCAUGCGGUUAGAAGGCAAGUUUGCGGAGCCAAGAGCUGAUCAUUCCAAGUCAGAUCUUCAGCCUUCCCAGGAAUUAGACGAACCCCAUGCCUACAAAGGAAUGGGCAGCUUCCCCAGUCCCGAAGAACUAGCUAACCUUGAUGAAAGUUUUCUUGCAAAACGCUGCAAUCUUGGCUAUAGAGCAAGUCGAAUAUUAAAACUUGCAAAGGGAAUUGUCCAAGGCAUUAUUCAACUAAUGCAACUGGAAGAAGGUUGCAAGGAAAUAAGCUUGUCUAGUUAUAACAAGCUGGCUGAACAGCUGCGACAAAUUGAUGGAUUUGGUCCUUUCACAUGUGCUAAUGUGCUCAUGUGCAUGGGAUUUUACCAUGUGAUUCCAGCUGAUUCUGAAACUAUCAGGCAUUUAAAGCAGGUUCAUUCAAAAAGUUCUACUAUGCAGACUGUUGGAAGGGAUGUUGAAGGUAUCUAUGCAAAAUAUGCACCAUUUCAGUUCUUGGCAUAUUGGGCAGAGCUGUGGCACUACUAUGAGCAAAGGUUUGGGAAACUAAGUGAAAUGCCUUUCUGUGGUUAUAAACUUAUAACUGCUAGUAAUAUGAAGAUGAAAGCAACUAGUAAAAGGACUAAGGUUUCUGACAGAGAGUAACCCUGCAUCAGUUUGAUUAACAAGAAAGAGAAUAAUUUUAUGCUCGUUCUUCAUUCUUCACUUGCUGAUGUAUUUGAUAGGUAUGUUAAUGCCCAUUUCCUGCUCUAUAAGCAUGUAUUGUACAUGUUCAUGUUUUGAAUGUCAUUCUGAAUCCUAGCAUCCUACCCAACUAUUCCUUGUUGUGCAACUAUUUUUAGUGCUUCACAUUUGGUUAUGAUGCCCUUCUCAGUCCUUUUGGUUACUACAAUGUAUAAUUGUGUUG